GGGUGAGGCUGUGGCACUCAAUGCACCCCUCGAGCUUUUCAGCCGUCUGUUAUAUGGGUGAGCGUGGAGCGUCACUAGGAACAUUUGAACCUGGCUAGAUCGUUCAUUUUUCUACUUCGACUUCUCCGCCAAGGCUACCUACCACACCUGAUCGGGCCGUUCCGUGACUACAAGACGGACCGAUCGCUCUGCCCCAACGAUGCUCUGCGAAAUCUGCUGGCGCAUGUUACGGGGGCAGAUUGGGAGGCAGUGGAGAGGCACAUACGACCUGCACUUCGACCACCAUGUAUCCAUCAACACACUGAAGGCAUCCCAUAGCAUGGGCUGUGGAAUAUGUCGAGUCUUAUACGAGGAGCUCAUGACGGGCGCCAAGAAGCAAUUCGGGUCGGAACAUGAGAUGCAUAAAGACCAAGCGCCGAAUAAGCUGGACGAUGACCAGGCUCAGAUUCAACUGACUCAAAGCAUUGCUUUGCUUGGAGUAAUUCACGAUAUUGAGGAUGAAGAUGUGUUCCGGCUUGACUUCAAGUUGGAAUGGGUCUUUGGCGACCAUGAUCCGAACACCGUGAAGAGGACUUUUGUUCUCAAACAAACCGGUGAAAAGAUCGCGCCAUUCCGAACUCCUAUGUCUGGGGAAACAUCCUCGAGCGAGGUUUUCAAGCUCGCUUUGACCUGGAUCACGCAGUGCGACACAAAUUGCAGCCCAGCCUGCGCAAAGCAGAAGCCGAGUUGGUAUCCCACUCGUCUGAUCGACAUCAGGACGCUUAAGUCUCAAACCUACUUGGAUGCACGAAGAAUGCAGUAUACGGGCAAAGUUCUCGACGGCAGAGAGACUUUGGAAGACCUCGAUAAGGUCACCGUUAAGCUCGUCGAAAGACCCCGCACCGAUGCUCGCAAUGGUCUGGAUGUGUUCAGUGAGGUCGCGGGCCACAGCAAUCAACCAAACAAUCUCUAUGUAACGUUGAGUCAUUGCUGGGGUCAAGUCCAGCCCUUGCGUCUCGAACCGAACACAUAUGCCCAGCUCAAAAAUGGAAUUGAGAUCGAGAAGCUUCCAAAGACGUUUAGAGAUGCAAUCACUUUUGCUUCACAACUGCACAAUGUCGGCUGGAUAUGGAUCGACUCGUUGUGCAUCUACCAGAGCGGCCCCGGCUUCGAAAAGGACUGGCUUCAUGAGGCGGCCCUGAUGCAACGUGUGUAUCGGGAGUCGUAUCUCAAUAUAUCUGCCACUGCUGCUUCGAACAGUGAUGUUGGUCUAUAUACUGAGCGUGACUGUAGGAGUCUUUGGGAAGACGAAGUGAACCUCAAAGUUGACGGUAUCCCCGGUCUAGCACUGCAUGAGGAGAAGCACAUCCACGAUCGCAAAGGGGCGAUUGUAAGGCCCCAAGGAGGCUCAGCUGGUCCGUCCUUCUGGAAAUGGUUUGUGCAGCUCUUCAGCGGCCCCAAGCAAACAAUUGGAAAACAGGCCGAGCCCGUGGCAAAGAUUGACUGGGGCGGCGAGAAGCCGUUGACUUUGGCCCUUCCGGAACCCGAAGGCCUCCGCAGAUGUGUCAUCAUCGAUAUCUCGCACUGGGACAACUUGGUCAACAAGGCCCCUGUCAAUGUUAGGGCCUGGGUUCUCCAAGAACGGCUCCUUGCCCCAAGGGUCCUGCAUUUCUGCAAAGGCAGCAUUGCCUGGGAAUGUGGUGGAUUCACAAGGGCGGAAGGCCACCCUACCGGCCUCCCUAGGUUUGGCCUGCAGCACGAUAAGAUUCUGCCGGAGGUGCCACUUAAGGGUUUAAACCCGUUCACCCAUGGCAAAGAAUUAAGGAGGAUCCGGCUUGGAGAUGCCAAGGAACCCGACCCUCACAUUCCAGAGAAAUAUCUAUACGGAUUCGAGCUUUGGGCACGAGUGGUUGAGAUGUACUCCAAGAUGAAUUUGACGCUUCCUAAGGACAAACUCAUCGCUCUGUACGGUAUCGCACAACUUAUGUCAACAACCAUCUUCGGCUCCGAAGGAAAACCCGCGACAUAUGUGGCUGGAUUGUGGCGCAAGUACCUGGAGAGUCAGCUUCUAUGGAGGGUUGAGCCCAUAUUCAUACGGCACAAUCGAAGUUUCCACCAGCCAGGCCGACGCCCCGAGAAAUUCAGAGCGCCGUCGUUCUCCUGGGCCUCUGUGGACGCACAAAAUGGGCUCAACGACCUACCAAGCAACGGCAUUACAUAUGGCGAAGUGACAGACCGAGAUCUUUUGAUUGAGGUCGGGACAGGCGACAGUGAGGUAUUCAUCGAGAGCGAGACAGAUAAUUCAUUUGGCCUCGUGACUGGUGGCUACAUCAUGGUCCGUGGCAAACUGAGGAGAAUUGAGCUCUCCAGAGGCGACCCGGGCAGGUUCUAUUGGCGGCUUUUGGACCGAAACGGCAUCUGUCAGAACAACGAUUGUUGUAAAUCUCGUGAAAUUGAUCGUGAGAAGCAUUACAACGUCUAUCUUGAUGCGCCAACCGACGAUCAAAGACGGGGAAUAUUCGACUCGGAAAAGGUCUACUGCCUUCCAGCGGCAGUUGGCCCAAGGUCGGAAGACAACGACUCCAAAUACAUUGUCUGCCUGGUCCUGCAGCAAGCAGACGAUGAUGAACAAGUCAAACACCUGAAACUCUCAGAAAGGAGGGCCACGUUCCGUCGGAUUGGCCUGACGAAACUAUCUGGCUGGGGUGAUAAGCUCACUUACAAGCACAUUUUGGAUUACCAUCAGAAAGACCGGGGAUUGCCUCAUUGGCCGCAUUCGUUUGACCUUGCCACGAAACGGCACUUGAUUCGAAUUAUAUAAUGGCAGAUUUGGCUAACUAUCGUUGCUUGACGGAUACCUAGGUAUGGUAGUUGGGGUAGACCCGAGUAUGCCUACUGGUGUUGCCGUGCGGACAAUAGGGACAAACAUUGGUUACAUGGAUAGAUUGUCAUGGCGUCUGGUGGAAUGAGUGUCGUGUUUACCUAGAUAGGAGUCAAAAGAUGCAUGACGCUUCAUUCUAAGUGUCUUUAUGAAGGUGUAAACUAAUGUCAAUAGUGCCAGUAUAAUCUUAAAGACCAUCAUAGAGA